CAAAAUCUUAUUCAAUACCUUCAUAGGAGAAGGAAACAGAGAAAAGCGUUAGAAAAUCCAGAAUUUAAGAAGAAGAAGCAAUGGCAGUCUUGAGUUGCCGAACCCAUUUCUUAGUCUUCCCGGUUCUUCUUCUCCUUCUUGUCCUUUUUCUCUACAUAUCUCCCUUCAAUCACAACUCUGUUACAGUCUUCCUCUCUUCUUCUCCUUUCAGUUACAGAAGAAUCAACAAAAAAGCACCAGAAAUCUCUUCCCUUCUAACGCCAUCUCCUUUAAAUGCCCCAACUCCAAUUCCAUCACCCAAGGCCUCAUUUAAAUCCACCAAUAUCAGUCACAGUUCCAGUAGUAGCAUCAACAGUAGUGGUAAUUCUGCAACCGAUACCCAUAUUAGAGUGAAGGGCAGUUUGGAGAAGAUUGAAGAAAGUCUUGCUCGAGCAAGAGCAGCAAUUCGUAAAGCUAUCAUCUCACGUAAUUAUACAUCCGAUAAAGAGGAGCUCUUCAUCCCCAGAGGAUCAAUUUACAGAAACCCAUAUGGAUUUCAUCAGAGCUAUAUUGAGAUGGAGAAGAGGUUCAAGGUGUGGACGUACAAGGAAGGAGAGCCGCCUCUUGUUCACAAUGGGCCAAUGAAUGAUAUCUACGCCACAGAAGGACAGUUCAUAGAUGAAAUGGAAAGUGGCCUUAGCCCAUUUACGGCCCAUCAUCCAGACGAGGCACAUGCCUUCUUCCUUCCCUUCAGUAUUGCUUCUGCCGUCCAUUUGCUCUACAGACCUAUUGUUUCCUACUCUAGGGCACCAUUGCAGCGUUUUGUCAUUGACUACGUUGGCGUUGUAUCGAAUAAAUACCCCUAUUGGAACAGAAGCAGUGGGGCUGAUCAUUUUAUGGUCUCUUGCCAUGACUGGGCACCAGAUAUCAACGAAGCCAAUCCGGAGCUUUUUCGGUAUUUCAUUAGAGUUAUUUGCAAUGCAAACACAUCAGAAGGUUUCAGGCCUAGAAUAGAUGCCACUCUACCAGAAGUUAAACUUCAUUAUGGAGCCCUUGGUGUCUCAGGCCAAAGUCAAUCCCCCAAGAAGCGUUCAACCCUUGCCUUCUUUGCAGGUGGGUCUCAUGGCUACAUAAGAGAGAUACUAUUAGAGCAUUGGAAAGACAAGGAUCAGGAGAUCCAAGUCCAUGAGUACCUCCCUAAGGGUCAAGAUUAUAAAAAAUUAAUGGGUCAAAGUAAGUUUUGCUUGUGCCCUAGUGGCUUUGAAGUUGCAAGUCCUAGAAUUGUUGAGGCCAUCUACACAGGUUGCGUCCCUGUUUUAAUUUCUGAUCACUAUGUCCUACCAUUCAGUGAAAUACUUGAUUGGAGCCAGUUUACAGUGCAAAUUCCGAUCGAAAAGAUACCAGUGAUUAAGACAAUUUUACAAGGGAUCUCCCAAAGUAAGUAUUUGAGAUUACAGAAGAAGGUGAUAAGUGUGCAAAGACAUUUUGAACUCCAUAGACCUGCUAAGCCUUUUGAUCUCUUACACAUGGUUCUCCAUUCUGUUUGGCUAAGGAGACUUGACCUCAGACUGCCAUUUUAAGCACUUGGUACCCUGUUUUGUACAAUACUCAAAAUUUCCCAUGAGAAUAAAUUUUUUGUAAUUGAUUUAUCUUAAUAAAAAUUUUCUUCACCUAUAGUAGAAA